AUGUAUGGGUUUGAUGGACAGGUUUUAAGCCUUCUGGGUGGAGAACGAACUAGUGGUGGAGUGGUUCAUCUAGGGGAGCCAGAGAAGGCUGAGACAACUACCUUUCAGAUGCCAGAUUUGAUAGACACAGGCGAUGCAAAUGAUCUAUGUGGAACAGAAUAUUCUGUGAAAAUGCAAAGUGAUCAAAGCAAUGUCAAUCCGACAUCGUCAUCAACAAUCCCUAGUAUUGAUGAUCUAUUUGGAGAUAGUUUGCACAAUGGUGUGAGCACCAGUGAACAGAAAAAUGACGAUGACCCCUUUGCAGACGUCUCAUUUCAUAACAACAAUGGUACAGAACAUGUUGCUGAUCUCUUUUCAGGAAUGACUAUUGAUAAACCAGGAGCUACUGGAGUCCAUAUUGCAGCAGAUAAAAAUGGACCUGAAAUUUUGGAUAUUUUUGGUUCCAGUUCCGAGUUUCCACAACAAAACGGGAACUUUGCUGGAACAUUUUCUGAAAAUAUAUUCUCAGAUUCCACUGCAAAUCUCAGUCCACAGGUUUCUAAUGGGGUGUUGAACGACAUGGCUUGUUCUCAAUCAGUUGGGAUGAAUGCAAAUCCUAUGUUUCCUUUGGGUCCCAUGGCUUAUAAUUUGCCUUCUGGCUUCAUGUUCAGUCCAGCAUUUUCUUCUCAGCCAAUGAAUUAUAAUGUCAUGGGGAGUCUUUUGGCCCAGCAGCAAUUCCUAGCAACAACAUCCAACUUUCAGCUGCUGGGGAGCCUGCACUCGCAAAGUGCUGGUGUCAAUCAUGCUGCUCUAAAUAAAGGAGGGGAAUAUUCUUCAGCCCUUCCUGAUAUAUUCAACCCCAGUGUUACAACUCAAACUCCCGCUUCAAUGAUGAACAGUUCGAGGAAAGAGGAGACUAAAGCAUUUGAUUUUAUCUCAGUAAGUUUGGAGCUCUUAACAGUCUUAAAUUAA